AUGAAAUUAUUAGUUUCAUUUAGACAAUACUUUAGAACGAAACGUCAUUCCAAAUGCGAGAAAAUAACAAAGAUGGCUGAAGAACAGGAGGUGUGUCAGAUAGAGUUGCUGUGCAAACAGCUGUAUGAGUCCCAGGACCCCAUCAUUAGAGAGCAAGCUGAGAAGGCAGUUGUCGGCUUUCAGGAAUCUCCGGACACUCUCAGCAAAUGCCAAGCUCUGUUGGAACGUGCCGAUUCCAGUUACUCACAGCUAUUGGCGGCCACAACGCUCGCUAAGCUCAUUAGCAGAUCGACAACAAGUCUAUCAGUGCAGCAGCGGUUGGACAUCAGAAACUAUGUCCUUAACUAUCUCGCGACUCGGCCAAAACUGGCCAGUUUCGUCGUGCAGUCAUUGGUGUCGCUAUUCGCACGGAUCACCAAACUGGGCUGGUUCGACAUGGUCAAGGGGGAAUAUGUUUUCCACAAUGUCAUGAACGACAUCUCCAGCUUCUUACAGGGUCCGGCAGAGAUGUGCACUAUAGGUGUGCAACUUCUGUCGCAACUGGUGCUGGAAAUGAAUCAGGUGUCCGAGGCAGAUGCCAGUCGAUCGCUUUCCAAGCACAGGAAGAUUGCUUCAUCAUUUAGAGAUACGCAAUUGUUUGAGAUGUUCCGUCUGGCCUGCUCAUUACUGAGUGCGGCUCGGGGCAAGACACUGGACUUGGCAGAUAGCGGACAGCAGGCUUUGUUGGCCGGACUGCUCAGACUCGCGCACAGUUGUCUCACGUUCGAUUUCAUUGGAACAACCAGCGAUGAGUCCUCAGACGAUCUUUGUACAGUGCAGAUCCCGACGUCGUGGCGGCCGACGUUCCUGGAGCCGUCGACGCUGGAGCUGUUCUUCGAGCUGCAGUGCAGCACGGGCGGCGCGCUGUCGGCGCUGGCGCUGGCCUGUCUGGUGCAGCUGGCGUCCGUGCGCCGCAGCCUGUUCAGCAACAGCGAGCGCGCCAAGUUCCUGGACCGCCUGGCGGCCGGCGUGCUGCGCAUACUGGACAACACGCAGGGUCUCUCAGAGCCAGCGAACUACCAUGAGUUCUGCCGGCUUCUAGCGCGGCUUAAGUCCAAUUACCAGCUGGGCGAGCUGGUCAUGGUGGAAAACUAUCCGCGCCUCAUCGAACUUGUCGCCAAGUUCACCGUCCAGAGUCUUCAGAUGUGGCAAUUUGCCCCGAACUCGGUCCACUAUCUCCUAUCGCUAUGGCAACGUAUGGUAGCCUCCGUGCCGUAUGUGAAAGCAACGGAACCCCACCAGCUGGAGACGUACGCCCCAGGAGUCACCGCUGCCUACAUCAACUCCAGGCUCGACUCUGUUGCCGUUGUUAUCAGGGAAGGUCUGGAGGACCCGCUGGACGACACGGGCACGGUGCAGCAGCAGCUGGAGCAGCUGUCGGUGAUCGGGCGCUGCGAGUACGCCAAGACCUGCCAGCUGCUGGUGGCGCACUUCGACCGCGCGGCCGCAGAGUACAGCGUGGAGCAGCGGGCCCACCAUCUGCCCGUGCUGCAAGGUCAACUUACGUGGUUAGUGUACAUAAUCGGGGCGGCGAUUGGCGGCAGAGCCUCGGUGAUAACGUGCGAUGAAAAUGACGCAAUGGACGGGGAGUUGGUCUGCCGGGUGCUCCAGCUCAUGGACCUCACGGACUCCAGAUUGUCGAGGGGCGGCUGCGAGAAGCUGGAGCUUGCGAUGAUGUCAUUUUUCGAGCAGUUCCGCAAGAUAUACGUGGGGGAGCAGGUGCAGAAGAACAGCAAAGUGUACCGCCGCCUGUCUGAAGUGCUGGGCCUGAACGACGAGAGCCAGCUGCUCAGCGUUCUCAUGAGGAAGAUAAUCACAAAUCUGAAGUACUGGGGCAGUUCGGAGCAGAUCAUAUCGAAGACGCUCGGUCUGCUCAGCGACUUAAGUGGAGGCUACGCCUGCGUGAGGAAGCUGGUGAAGCUGGAGGAAGUGCAGUUCAUGUUGACGCAUCACACUGCCGAGCACUUCCCAUUCCUGGGAAUCUCCGGCGUGGGCACGUCGGAGAUGCGCUGCCGCACCAAGCUGUACACUGCGCUGGGACGUCUCCUCAUGGUGGAGCUGGGAGAAGACGAGGAGCGGUUCCACGCCUUCAUGAUGCCGCUCACCGCGGCAUUCGAAAGCAUAAUCGGACUCCUGGGUCCACCAGAAAAUCCCCUGUUCGCUUCGGAAGAUGCGAAGAAGACCCUCAUCGGGUUGGCGCGUGACUUGCGAGGUUUGGCAUUCGCUUUCAACGCGAAGACGACGUAUAUGAUGCUCUUUGAUUGGAUCUACCCAGUAUACAUGAAAGUGUUGCUUCGAGGACUGGAGGCUUGGUACUCCGAACCGGCCGUGACCACACCUCUACUGAAGUUAGCGGCCGAACUGGCACAGAACAGGAAUCAACGGCUGCACUUCGACGUCUCCUCGCCCAACGGGAUUCUGUUGUUCAGGGAGCUCUCCAGCAUCAUCUGUGCUUACGGCAGUAGAAUACUGACCAUAGACGUGAGCAAGAAGCAAAUGUACCCGAUGAAGCUGAAAGGUAUCUCCCUCUGCUUUUCAAUACUGAAGGCCGCGCUCUGCGGGAACUACGCGAACUUCGGUGUUUUCAGGUUAUAUGGUGACGAAGCAUUAGACAACGCACUGAAUAUGUUCGUGAAACUGUUGCUCAGUAUACCACAGAAUGAUCUCCUGGAGUACCCGAAGCUGUCGCAGACAUACUACGUGCUGCUGGAGCGGCUCGCGCAGGAUCACAUGCCGUUCCUGGCCUCGCUGCAGCCCGACGCCACGCUCUACAUCCUGGCCUCCGUCUCCGAGGGACUCACCGCCUUGGACACGAGUGUGUGUACGGGCUGCUGUGCGACCCUGGACCAUAUAGUCACGUACCUGUUUAAGCAAUUAGUUCAGAAAUCGAGCAACAAGGUGACGAACCCACGUCAGGCUCCCCCGGAGACUAGCAACAUGUUCGUGGAGGUGCUGCAGCGGAGACCGGAGAUCAUGCAGCAGCUCCUCGCCACUGUGCUGAACGUGAUAAUGUUCGAGGAAUGCUGCAACCAGUGGUCGAUGUCGCGGCCGCUGCUGGGGCUGGUGCUGCUCAACGAGGAGCACUUCGGGCGACUGCGGGCCGAGCUGAUCGCGCGCCAGCCGCACGACAAGCAGCCGCAGCUCGCACACUGGUUCAACGGGCUCAUGGCCGGCAUCGAGCCCAACCUGCUAACCAAGAACAGGGACCGAUUCACACAAAACCUGUCAAUGUUCCGGCGCGACAUCAACGAUCUGCUGAAGGGCACCAGCGUCAGUUCACCGCCUUCUAACAACGACAUGAUGACGUCAUAA